AUGGUUCAGUAUUUGCUGGCAGGGAGCCGAAUGCUCGUUCAGAAUCUCAUUCAUUAUUUGUUUGCCGUGGCCGGAGUGUGUGUCCUGGUGGUGUCUGUGCUGGUGGCUCUGGUCCUGGCUCUGGCCGUGGCUGUUGCUGUGCUCUCAGGGAGUGGGAACUGUGGUUCCUCUCACGCCUCAAAGGUGACAUGGAUCCCUGGAUUGGGCUGCGGAGACGGGGCGAGCACCUGGAGUGGGUGGACGGCAGCAGCUUCAACCAGACCAAGAACAUGUGGAGGGGAUCCAGCUGUGCCUGUGGCUCCAGUGCUGGCGUGUCCUGAUGGCUGGGUCGGGUACCACAAUGUCUGCUACUACCUCUCGAGGGACCAGGGGAGCUGGGAGUGGAGCCAGGAGCAGUGCUCCUCGCGUGGGGCCUCGCUGGCCGUGCUGAGGAGGGAGUGGGAACUGUGGUUCCUCUUGCACCUGAAAGGCAACAUCGAUUACUGGAUUGGGCUGCGGAGACGGGGCGAGCACCUGGAGUGGGUGGACGGCAGCAGCUUCAACCAGACGUUUGAGGUGCGUGGCGAGGCAGAGUGUGUGUAUUUGAACAACCAUGUUUUGGGGAGUACAGACUGCUCACAGCACCGGCUGUAUGUCUGCAGCAAGCCCCAAGUGCCAAGGUGACAGAAGUGAUGGAGAAAGGACCUUCUCCAUGGUAGGGACUCAGAGCUUCACCUCUUCUGGUUUCCUGGGGAUGUCCUGCUGCUCCGGUUCCUCCUGGUGUCAGCAGAAACUCACUGCCAGCUCUCCUGAGAUGACCCUGCGGGAAUGGGAGAUGCAGGAGGUGACAUGCACCUGCCUGGAUCAGAAACUUGGGUUGUGCAGAGUGUGGGUUUCUCCUUUUGGGACCAGCCCAGAGCUUUUCUUGCUUCUCUCAGAAAUGACACAGACCUGUGUUUUGAGCUGUGGUGAUGGAGCUGGAGUGGCUGCUCCCAGGCGAGCUCGGUACACAAAGCUCAGGACAGAAGGACUACAGAGCUUGGGGGGUGAAGUGAUCUUUGUGGGGCUCCCAUGAGAGUUAGAGCCUGGGUCAGAUGUUGCUGCUGUUUUCCUUCUGCCCGUCAGCCAGUUCUCCCCCCACCCCACAGACCAUAACAUACCAGUUUCUCUGGGGGGAGGCUGUGGGGAUGUGGAAUAAUUCCGAAAAUAUAUUUUUUUUUAUUAAAAAGAUGUAGCAUUGUUCACACACUAAGCAAAGGUAUAAAAUCGAAAGGUUUCCAGGGUGGGACACAGCUCAGCUGUUACAUGAGGAAUCUGCUCCAUCUGCCAUCUCCUGCAAUAUUGUUUACAAAACAGCACAGAGGAUGGAGUGAAGAUUCCACAGUCAAGCUCUGUGAUAUAUAGGGACGAGAUGGUCCUGUGGAACUGAAAAGUUGCAUACUUGACACCCUGAGCCAGCAGUCUGUCAAACUUUGAUAAAAUGCUGUCCUUUGUGUGAGCUUUGCUCAUUAGAAUACCAAAACACACCUCCGUCCCAAAGGCUGCCUGCCUACAAGGUGUGACCACUCCUCCUUGAGUCUGUGCCCUGAGUUUCUUGCAAACUCUGCCUUUUGAAUGCCAGGUGAGAGAAUUUUACACCAGUCAUAAUAAAGGUAUUUAUGACUAGAGUCACUCAAACUCCAGCUUGAAAGUAAAAAAAAAAGUAUAAAACUAGCCCAAGAACGGGGGGAUGCUAGGGAAGAUACCAUUGUGAACAAGUCAGGGAGGAUCCCAUCAUGGACUGCCUUUGACUCCUGGGACCAGUCGAGGGGCUGAGCCUUUCUUCCCCCCCAUAGGGAUGCCUGUGGGUAAGACUUAGACUCUACUGAGUGCUUCCUCGGGAAACUUAAUCUCUCUAGAGGCUUAUCUGUUACGUUUAUAGCCAGGCUGUGUUGUUUGUAAUUUGGUCAAUUGCUUUCUACCAUUAUCAAUAUUUUUACUUGCAUGUGCUUUGCAGACAGUAUAUUUAUCAGUGAAAACCUAUACGAACCUUUGUAUCUGCUGCUUAAAUAAACCGCACACUUAAGUA